AUGCCACCGAAGGAAUUAAAGAUAUUGCAGGAUUGUGAAAAGAUAAUGACAAAGAAAAUCGUCCUAGUGUCGAUACCUGGAGGCAAUAAUACAAAAAUGAGGAACAAAUUAAGAUUUUUCGAUGUUAACUGGGGAUCUUCCACUCAAGCCCAAACCUACAAAACAGCUUUGACGACCGCCCAAAGACUGAACAAUAUCGGCGAGCACGUCAAAACCUACAAGCCUCAGGUUCUGGUGUUGUGCGGCAAGCCCCAGGAAAGGCCCCCUUUGGUCGAUUUCGCGAACCUGAUAACCAAAAACCAUUCUCUGUUGGUCAUCGGUGAUAUCGAGGAUAAACCGCUCACUCACAGGGACAGACUAACCAAUACGAGAAAAGUAUACGAUUACCUGAGAAGCAACAAAAUCAAAGCUUUCUACACCAUUAUCGAUAAUGUGUCUUUCGAAUUGGGUGCCAAAGCUCUCCUGCAAACGACUGGUAUUGGAAAACUGAGUCCAAACGUGCUGAUGAUGGGCUACAAGACGGACUGGAUGACUUGCGACAAGGAAGAACUUCUAGCGUACUUCAAUGUCUUGCAGUAG